CCGCCAGGAAACUCUCUCUCCUCUCUCUCUCUCUCUCUCUCUCCCGUUCCAACCCACUAGGCACUCCAAAGCAGCGGCAGCAAGGAACCAGCUCAAGGUUUUCCUCUAAAAAGCUUCCAUCUUUCCAACUCCAAGAAGCUCAAAAUCUCACUGAAAUUCAAACCCCCACAGAAAACCAAGUCAUGGGUUGCUGUGCAUCCAAAGUUUCAGAGAAACAACCACCAGAGAAAAUCCAAACCCAGCAACUAGCUCACAAUAGCCGGAACCCGACCCACCAACCGAAUCCCACCUCAGGAUCCGACCCAGAAACCGGCGGAGCCCCACCCUUCUCCGAAUUCUCCUUCGCUGACCUCAAAGCCGCCACCAACAACUUCAGCUCUGACUACAUAGUCUCUGAGAGUGGCGAGAAGGCCCCAAAUCUUGUUUACAAGGGUCGGCUGCAGAACCGCCGUUGGAUCGCCGUCAAGAAGUUCACCAAGAUGGCGUGGCCUGAUCCCAAGCAGUUUGCGGAGGAAGCUUGGGGUGUUGGGAAGCUGCGGCAUCGGCGGCUUGCGAAUUUGAUUGGGUAUUGCUGUGAUGGGGAUGAGAGGCUGCUAGUUGCCGAGUACAUGCCUACUGAUACUUUAGCUAAGCAUUUGUUCCACUGGGAGAAUCAAACCAUUGAGUGGGCCAUGCGUUUAAGAGUGGCUCUUUAUAUUGCUGAAGCUUUAGAUUAUUGUAGUACUGAGGGCCGUCCAUUAUACCAUGAUUUGAAUGCUUAUAGGGUUCUCUUUGAUGAGGAUGGUGAUCCUCGCCUUUCAUGUUUUGGCUUGAUGAGAAAUAGUAGGGAUGGGAAGAGUUACAGCACAAAUCUCGCUUACACGCCGCCUGAAUAUUUGAGAAACGGAAGAGUAACUCCAGAAAGUGUUGUUUAUAGCUUUGGCACUGUCCUUCUAGAUCUGCUAAGUGGGAAGCACAUCCCUCCAAGUCAUGCUCUUGAUAUGAUACGAGGGAAAAAUAUCAUUCUGUUAAUGGAUUCACAUUUGGAGGGGAAAUUUUCUACAGAGGAAGCAACAGUAGUUGUUAAUCUUGCUUCUCAAUGUCUCCAAUAUGAACCUAGAGAGCGGCCUAAUACAAAGGACCUUGUUGCAACACUUUCUCCACUGCAGACCAAACCUGAUGUUCCAUCUUAUGUCAUGCUUGGGAUUCCAAAGCAUGAGGAAGCCCCUUCAACCCCACAACGUCCCCUCUCUGCUAUGGGUGAUGCCUGCUCUCGGAUGGACCUCACAGCAAUCCAUCAGAUCUUGGUUAUGACGCACUACAGAGAUGAUGAAGGAACCAAUGAGUUAUCUUUCCAAGAGUGGACUCAACAGAUGAGAGACAUGUUGGAGGCAAGGAAGCGAGGGGAUUAUGCAUUCCGGGACAAAGAUGUUAAAGGUGCCAUUGACUGUUACUCCCAGUUCAUAGAUGUUGGAACUAUGGUGUCGCCAACUGUUUUUGCGCGACGCAGUUUAUGCUACCUGUUAAAUGAGCAACCAGAUGCUGCCCUUCGAGAUGCAAUGCAAGCGCAAUGUGUUUAUCCAGACUGGCCCACAGCCUUCUACAUGCAAUCAGUUGCUCUAGCCAAGCUAGACAUGCACAAGGAUGCUGCUGACAUGUUAAACGAAGCAACUGCGCUAGAAGAAAAGAGGCAACGAGGAGGCCGGGGAUCGUGAGGAUCAACUCUGUGUAAUAACUAAUAAGUGAUAGUACAUUAUUUACCAUUACCAAUUGACAAUUGUUGUUGAGGCUACCCAUAAUUUGUAUAAAAUCUGAGCUGGGAAUCCAAUUUGUCUUUACCAUUGAGAAUGUAUUUACACAGAACCGCCCUUCUGUUGCACUA